AUGGAUGCCAAAAUAGCUGCUUUAUCAAAUGAAAAUCGAACUAAUUGGGAUGAACAAUUACCAUUCGUUACUUUCAAUUACAACAUUAGUAUCCACACAACAACCGGACAAAUACCAUUCGAAAUGAUGUACGGUCGUUUACCGGUAUUACCAUUCGAUCAACAACAACCCAUCGUCACACUCUCACAAGAUUCAGAAUACAUCCAGAAAUUAAAACAAUAUCUAUCGACAGUAACUGAGCAAGCCAUGAAUAAUAUUCGUCAACAACAAGAAAAAUAUAAAGCAAGAUAUGAUCGUUAUCGAUCAAAUCCGAUAUAUAAAAUCAAUGACUUAGUUCUAAUUCAGGCAUUAAACCGACGAAACAAGUUCGACAUUAAAUAUGAAGGACCUUUUCGAAUAGUACAACAGCUCGGCAUAAAAACAUUUAUUGUUCAACACAUAAGAAAACUCACAUUAGUACGACAAGUUACGACAGAUGUCAUCAGACCCUUAUGUGAACGAAAAAUAUAA